AUGCUGCAGAUGACAAAUGACCAACACCCUGUGGAGUACUACACUGAUGACUACCAAGAACAGUGCUACUCCCUGGAAACACGGCAAAUACAUAGUAUCCACACAACCCACGCAAAGAAAAAAUACUUUGUUACACUGCCCAUGUCUGCAACAGGGAACAAAUUCACCCCAGUGACAUUCCAAAUAGACACCGCCGCCACAUGCAAUACCUUGUCUGAAGAUACCCUUCUCAGGCUGAUGCCAAACAUGAAGCUUAGAAAGUCACCCUACCUACUACACCCCUAUGGCGACUCCCAGCCGCUGAAACCACUGGGGCAGAUCGACCUUCUGUGCGAAAGAAACAAACGAUACGAAUCGCUCACAUUCCAGAUACUUCCUAGGGAUGUCAUGAUGAACAAACCAGCCCUUCUCUCUGGCUCCGACUGCGAGGCACUGGGGCUCAUCACCAUCAGGGCACACGAAAUAUUCUCACUCACAUCAGCAGUAAGAGACUCGUCAGGCAAGAGAGCCCCUACCUACCCAGCCAGCUCGCCACAAACCAAUCCAGACCCAGGCAACCCAGCAGCUCAAGCCAACGGUACACUCAAGGGA